UUGUUUGAAAUUUGUUUUUUAUUUUUUCUGGAGAAGGAUUAAUAUUGGAUAUCUAGGCGUUGCUGUAAGCAUUUAAAUUCGAGAGAAUUUUUGAUUCCUUAGAGUAAAAUAUUGAUUUAGUAAGUGGGUUCGGGGUUGGAACAGAUGAGAAGUGAAAAAGAUGUGGAGAAGAGUGUAGGACCUUUGUUUCCAAGACUACAUGUAUAUGUUACAGAGAAAGGAGGACCAAGGGCAACACCAAGGAACAAGAUGGCUUUAUAUGAACAUCUUAGUAUUCCCUCUCAACAGUUGAAUUCUGGGUUAUGUUCUGUAUUGCUUUUACCACCUAGUAAUACAGUUUCUUCUGCCUCAGUGUCCAUGAGCCAGGGUGGUGGGCGUGAAAGGACUGUGUUUUCCCCCUAUUACAUCCCUCCUCCUGCACCUCAUCACUUCAGCAAGGAGAUUCACACUCGCUCAGGACACGUGGUUCAGGACACAUGCUACUUCCCCAACUCAAAGAACACUUACCCGAAGAGGGCUAGAGAUGAGGAUGACUUUAUGGUUCCAAAUUGGUGUAGCCCGAAAUAAUUCUGGUACCACCGAACAUCAGCAUAAUGUGGAACAGGAAAUGCGUGUUCCCUUUAACGUAGUUAACAAUAUGGGACGGGUUAUACCUGGUAAUUGUGUUUCUUCAUCCCAACUUCCUAGUGCUGGGGAUAAACAUCUGAAACGACCAAAUAUUACGGAUUUGAGGCCAAGUCAAAAUUCUAGAAACCAGGAUGAAGAGAAUCUGGCAGAAUCUAUCACCAGUUGGGAUUUCAUGGAGAAGAGUACAUCCCAUGCAUCAGUUGGAGAAAAGAUCUCACAUCCCAGGAAGUAUGUGUAUGUAUCAGACUCUAGGCAUCAAAAAUAGUUCAGGUAACGAUUUAGGAAGAUCAGAGAAUCUGAGGAUGUCAAUGCACAACUACAUCAAGGGCGUUCCGACGAUGGUGGGGAAGAGGUUCAUGUUCCAAGGAUAAGAAGUGAACCAUGAUCCAGGGCCUGUCUUGGGAAAAGUCACAAAAACUCCACUAAAUGUUGUGAAGACAAAAUGCACAUUAUAUCACCAGGAGAGAUGCGGACAGAAAUGAUGAUGUCUCCGAGUCUUCUAUUCUAAAUUCUGUAUCGAGUUUGGACAUAUCUCCUGAUGAUGUUGUUGGUGUAAUAGGGCAGAAACACUUGUGGAAAGCAAGAAAAGCGAUUGCCAAAUGUGAAUCAAUUUCUCAACCCGGUAAAGGGAUAUUACCAGAAGAAAGAGAAUUACCAUGAGAAGUCAAA